AUGUACUCAAAACUGAAGUUCCUCCAAGGCAAUUCGACUACCUCAGUUCGAUCAGCCUCUCAAUUCCUCAUAGACCUCCGAGGUCGGAGAAUUCAAUCGGAUGAAAUCAUGGUCUCCUUCGAUGUGACGUCGUUAUUCACAUCUAUUGCACCAAACGUGGCCCGCGAAGUCUUACGCAAGAGACUUAAAGAGGCGUACGAUGAGACUCAGAAUGCCCUCAAAAUUGAACACCUCAUGAGGCUGUUUGAAUUCUGCCAACAAACUUUCUUCACUUUUGCGGGAGAGACCUAUAAACAAAUCAAGGGAACCCCAAUGGGCUCACUGGUCUCCGGUUUGGUGGCAGAACUGGUCCUACAGGAGUUAGAAAAGAUUGCCUUCGUCCAACAUGAACCGGUGUUUUGGCGCCGUUACGUAGCCGACACGGUCGUCAUAGUAAAGAAGGACAUGCUGCAACAUUUCCACGGCCUGCUCAAUGCAGUCUUCCCUGAUAUAAAAUUCACGAGGGAAGAAGAACAGGAACAGCAGUUGCCCUUCCUGGAUGUGCUCGUCAGACGAAACCUUAACGGUGAACUUGGAACGACUGUUUAUAGGAUGGCUACGAACACCACACAGCUUCUGAGUUUUCACAGCAACCAUCCGGUGGCUCACAAACGAAGCUGUGUGAAGACGCUCUUCAAACGGAUCCAAAGUCAUUGUAGCAAACCGGAGGACAGAGCACGUGAGGCCCGUUAUCUCCUCGACCAAAAUGGCAAAAUGGCUAUCCGAGGGCAUUCAUAA